CUUGACGUGUGUCUUAAAUGACGCCACAAAGGGUAACUCCGCCCAUUGCCCCGAGCUCGUUUCCUCCGCCGCUUCCUGUCCUACUUCCCCUCGACCGAGAACAUGACUACGUCAAGGCGUCUUGCUGACAGGAAAAUUGCAAAGUUUCAGAAGAAUGUCACAAAGAGGGGCUCCGUUCCAGAGAAAACAGCAAAGAAAGGAGAUAACUAUCCUGUUGGUCCUAUCUUGCUUGGAUUCUUUAUCUUCGUGGUUGUCGGAUCAUCUUUGUUCCAGAUAAUAAGAACAGCCAUGAGUGGCGGGAUGGCAUGAUAGUAGCAAAGAGGAUGACCAAAGCCCUACUCAAGUAUGAGGUUGAGGAUUCUCAUCAUCUUGAUGUAAACCCAGUUUCUAAUAGGGGACGAUGAUAUGAAGAUUUUAUGAUGCUUUCAAUAAUAAAUAAAUGUCUUUUUCCAAGGCAUACCCAUUAUGGCA